AUGCCAAAGGCCCCUCAGAGACGUCUGCGCAGAUAUUUUGAGACUCCUCCACGUGAAUUGGUACCGCUGGAGGAGGAGAAGCCAGCACAGCUGCACACCCCACAACACUCGGCUGUCAUAGCAAUAUUGUACUUCUGUCAACAACAGAAGAUUCCCUGCAAACUAGAAGAGAUAGAGGAGGUGUUUGGCUAUCCUACUAGUACAUCUUCAGAUGUUGCAGCCUCUGGAAGGUGCAGAAGACUACAGAAUCACAAUACUGAGCCAGACACUUGUGGCGCUCUCCGUCAACUCAAGAACUCAGACGUCAAUGCUAUUGUUGACUACAUUGUCAAAGCACCAUUUGAAGAGAAGGGAGACCCUUGGUAA